GGUUUAACUACAAACGUAAACCAUUCGAUUCCAUUCAUUCACAACUCACAAAUUCUGCUCCACGACAACAAAAGUUGGAGAAAUCCGUAACGAACCACCGCCACUAGCUUCCGCCUCCUUCCGACGGCCGGAAGAAAAGGCGAAAAAAUGGGGACUUACGCUUUUUGCCGUUCUUCUCUCACUCCAAUUCCUCCACUUGAAAACAACGUUUUCUCCCGCCCGCACGCCCGAAACCCCACCCGCUUCCCUUCGAUUCGGGCUCGGGGCUCCAACUCCGGAACAGGGGACGCCGUCGCCGCCGAUGCCGAUUCAUCUCCCCACGCCGUCCUCGGCGUCGAACCGGGAUGCUCCGCCGCGGAGCUCAAGUCCGCCUUCCGAGAAAAAGUGAAGCAGUUCCAUCCCGAUGUAAUCGGCGGCGGGGGGAAGGGCUCCGAUAUCAUGAUUCGCCGCGUAAUUGAAGCGUAUCAGAGCUUAUCCUCCUUAACCCGGUCAGAGAUCAUCGAGAGAGAAUGUUUGGAUCCAUUCGACGACCCAGAGUGUGAAGCGUUUGAUAUAUUUGUGAAUGAAUCUGCCUGUUUUGGUAAAGGGUGUCCAUAUUCAUGUGUAGAAAGAGCGCCACACGCCUUCACGUUUUCUUCAGUGGGCACCGCUAGAGCAACAUCUCAAGGUCAUGGUGAAGAUUACCAAGUUCAGAUGGCGGCGGGCCAGUGUCCUAGAAGCUGCAUUCAUUACGUGACGCCAUCGCAGAGAAUCAUCCUAGAAGAGUUACUGGACAGCAUUCUCGACGUACCAUACGACUGCUCAGCAGAAUCUGAACUGCUGUAUUCACUCAUCGUGAAAGCGAGAUUUGAGAACAAUCGGUUCCAGAAGCCAAAGAACAAGCAGCCAAAGACAUCAACAAAGCAUGUAGAUUGGUAUUAAAGUUUCAAGCUUGUACAAGCAGCAUCAUGGCAAAACUCAAUGACUAUAAGGUAAGAUAACAGCAUCCUUACUGAUCACAAACGGCCGUGUUUCUGUGUGGGUGUACACAUAUAAGCUAGCUACUUUGAUAUGACUCUCAUGAAUCUGUUUAUGGAAGGGAAAAUACUAGCAGCUGUGCUGAAGAAAGAUUGACAACUCUCAUGAAUCUGUUUAUGGAAGGGAAAAUACUAGCAGCUGUGCUGAAGAAAGAUUGACCCUCAGAGUUUUCUCCUCCAUUCCCAAAUAUUAUGUGCAGAACAGAGUGAAAGCAACAAUGUUACCAUUUGUUCUGUCCCUGUUCCCUGAUAUACUGAAUUUAUCAUUAUGCUGGUGGAACUAACCUCGAUUUCGUCAGCAUCAGGGCGCUUUAUGAACUCUUUAGCAAGUAGAUAUCGGUUAGGCCUCUCUUUGUCAUCAAAAAACACAUUCCACAAUCUGGUAAACAAAUCAGAGUACAGAAAAGUUUAGAAACUUCAGGAUGCUGCUAUAAAAGGC